AUGGGCGACGUGGCUUUUGCCGCCGAAUCCUUCUCUGUCGCAAACGACGAGUUGGGGGUGCUUCAGGAUAUUCGCCGGAGAUGUUGCCGAGAGCCCACGUCCGCUAUCGUGGCUACUUGGUGCAUUGGGGAGACCCAGCCCCAUGAAAAUUGUGGUGCUGGCGUUGUCACUCACCCCUGCACAGGGCGUGUCCUCAGCAAUCCACUCAACAGCGACCCAUUUGUCUUGGAAAAUGCGUCAUUCCAUGCGCCGUGGUGGGGAGUUGUAUGCGACGCAACGACGACCCCCGUGGCCAUUGUCGAGCUCGUCCUACCCUACCAAGGAUUAGCUUGCUCAUUGGACUCGAUCAAUUUUACUGCGCUCUCGAACCUCGAGGUCCUGAAUUUGGAAGGCAACGAGUUCACGGGGCCGUUGCCUGAGUGGAUUGGUACGAUGUCGUCGCUAGAGGUGCUCAACUUGAAUGGCAACCGCUUACACGGCCCCCUGCUCGAUUCCAUCAUCGAUAACGUCAACCUGGUCGAGCUCAGCCUUGCCCAAAAUGAGCUCACCGGCCUUGUGCCAAACCAACUCAAAGUCUUGCCCCUUGAGGUUCUCGAUCUGUUUGGAAAUCAAUUUUCUGGACCGCUUCCCCCCGAUGUCCUGCGCAACCCCCGCCUUCGAUACCUCGACCUUUCCGAAAAUGCCCUGUCGGGGCCGUUUCCCCCUCACAUGCUCCUUCCGCGGCUCGCCCACUUUGACGUAUCCUUCAACGAGCUCACUGGCCCCCUGCCGCCCAAUAUGCAUCUCUUUGGACGUGACGACACGGUGCCGCCAUCGCCGUCCCAACUCGAAUACUUCGACGCGUCGAACAACAGACUGGAGAGCGCCAUCCCUGGCCUCAUCGGCCAGCUCGAACGACUCGCAGUGUUUUCUGUGCGCAACAACUCCAACAUUUUCGGUAAAGUGCCGCCACUGCCGCCGUUGUUGCUGCAAAAGUUGGAUCCAACAGCCUUUGAUGGUUCUACCCAUCAUCUUGCGUGCCCUUUGCCUGACCUGGGGCCAUCUCGCACGUGGGGCGCGGUGGUUUGCUCCUGCAAAGGCAACAAAACGGAUGCGGGAGCAUGCAUGGCAUGCCCUUCGGGCUUUGUGCUCGAUGCCACCCUGAACACGUGUUCGGGAUGCCCCCUCGGUAGCUUUCCCCAAAAGGACAUUUGCGAACCAUGCCCGUCAGGCACAUUUGCAGCGACGCUUGGGUCCCCAGCCUGCCAAACGUGCCCAGAUGGCUACACCUCGUUGUCAGGGGCAUCCAUUUGCAACCCUUGCCCCCCAGGAACAUCCACAUCCGACGAAGGAACAUGUUUGGCCUGUCCUCCCGGGUUGCAUGCCCCCGCCCCCGGCACGACUUGCCUCCCCUGUCCCAACAACACUUUCUCAGCAGCUUCGGGUACGAUCCAUUGCAUCCCUUGCCCGCACAACGCUGUAGCAGACGAGGGGUCGACUCAGUGCUUCCCGUGCCCUCAAGACACAACGGUCGAUUUGGGGGGGUCUCGGGGGUGCGUGGCCCAACCUCGACCGGGGACGGGGUACUUCGGAGCCAACGACGAUGUCGCCGACUGCAUUCCUGGUACGUUCAACGACGGCACGUUUGCUCGAUGCCAACCGUGCUCUCGUGGCAGCUUCAGCAGCGGCUCUGCCGCGACGAACUGCACGUUGUGUUCGACGGGGUCGUUCACGAACACCACAGGCGCGAGCCAAUGCGUCUACUCCCCACCUGGGACAUAUACUUCCACUCUGGGAGCGACGGAACCAACCUUUUGCGCUCCAGGCUCGAUCAGCGACGUCGCCGGGGCGACGCAGUGCUCGCAUUGCCCAAAGCACACAAUGGCGCCUCGGUUGGGAUCGUCUGCGUGCAUGUUAGCCCCGCCAGGGUCUGUGCUCAAAACUACAGCGUGGCCGAGCUUCCUUUUGACACUUUCUCAGCCGCAACAGUUCCGCCUCGACGACUUGAAUAUGUCCAAGAUAACCGAGAUCGUCCAUCACGCAUGGCUGUUCGUGUCGCCCGAGCCCAUGUCGUCUUUGGUUGUCAGCACAUUUGACAACAAGCUGGCCAACAACCAGCAGUUUGGAGGAACGUCCAGUGUGAGUUUGCAUGUGGUGCUCGACACACACGCGACGACGCUGGAGCUCUUACAACACAUCCCGGCCUACCUGGUUGUACUCGACAUGCUGCUGGACGAAGCCGCCAUGCUCUUGGUGACGGAUGAUGCCCCCACUCGCCUUGACGUCCUCCAGCCCCUCCAACUCCCUGUGGCCGUACCGUGCGGUAAAGGCACGUUUUCGAAUGGCACGCAUUGCGUCGACUGUGGCGUUGGAACGUUCAACGAUCGUCUUGGCGCGACCAAGUGCCACAAGUGCCAUCGGGGAAGUCGUGCGUCUAUUUCUGGCAGCCACAAAUGCACACCCUGUGGUCGCGACGAGUUUGCAGAUGCCACGGCUACCAAGUGCAUGGAGUGCCCGACGUUUUCCAUCGACCUGAGCUUGGUGUGCCCCCAAGCGAAUGGUCGGUUCAUAUGGCUUGUCUUUUACAUCUUGUACUACCUCCACUUCGUCUGGACGAGCCAUCUUUAUCUGUACGGGCAGCCCACUCGAGCUCCACCGCUGAUGGCGUCGUACCGGGCGAACGGCGGCCAGACCGUCAACACGGCGAUUGUGUGGCCGCCCCCCAUUGUCAUUUCGGCCGCCACCCUGCGAAGUAAGCGCGGAAUUUAG